AUGGCAGUCAACACCGAGUCCAGUUCAUUUACAGCUAUUCCCAUCCUCGACUACUCCCAGUCCUCCUCCCGGGACACGAAACCCGUCUUCCUCGCCGAUCUCCGCAACGCGCUGGUCAAUGUGGGGUUCUUUUACCUUGUGAACGCGCCCAUAGCGUCAGCGAUCAGACAAGAUCUCGAGCAAAAAUGCGAGGCGCUGUUUGAUCUGCCGCUGGAGAAGAAACUCGAGAUCGAAAUGGUCAAUAGCCGGCAUUUCCUCGGCUACUCGCGACUCGGGGCCGAGAUUACGGCAAGGAAACAGGAUUAUCGCGAACAGUUUGAUGUGCGUUUCUUCACUACCUCUUUGGUGCUUACUUUUGCGACGGAGCUGCCUGAACCUGGUCCGGAGGAGCCGCUAUAUAGGAAUAUUCGCGGCCCGAAUCAGUGGCCAGACGAAAAUGCAAUCCCAGGCUUCCGCCACUCUGUUGAGGCGUAUCUCACUGAAUUAAGCCCAGUAGCAGACAACUUCCAGACCCUGAUUGCGGAGGCCUUAGACCUGCAUCCAGCCGCACUGAAACAAUUUUUCGACAAUCCGGUCCAGCAGAAGAUGAAACUGAUCAAGUACCCCACGCCUCCCAGCGAUGCCGAGUCCCAGGGCGUCGGGGCCCAUAAAGAUUCGGAGUUCCUGACAUUUCUGCUACAAGCAACUCCCCACCACGGCCUUGAAGUGCAGAACAAGGCGGGAGAAUGGAUUUCUGCUCCACCAAUGGAUGGUUCGCUAGUUGUUAAUAUCGGACGUGCCUUGGAAGCGAUCACGGGGGGUGUUUGUACGGCGACGACACAUAGAGUGAAUCUUGCGCCAUCGAACUAUGUGGAUGCUCAUGGUACACCGCUGGGGCCCCGGUUCUCUAUUCCUGUUUUCCAGGGGAUGAGCUUGGAUCUAUCGGUUGAGGAUAUAAAUUUGGAAUUCCCCGCCCAUAUCAAGGAGCUUGUAGGCGAUGAAAAGGCAUGGUCGGACGCCGAGGCCACCUUUAAUAAGAUAUUCAGCGGUCGCACGGGCGAAGGAACGCUCAUCCACCGGAUUAUAAGUCACCAGGAUGUGGGCCGGAGAUGGUACCCCGAGCUCUUGGAGCAAGCGCUCGGAGAGUAUGAAAAAAAGGAGCCCGGUUCGACUUCGGAUUCUUCACGGAAGUGA